CACAAUGUUCGUAAUACCUUCAUUUCGACGCCCAGGCUUUUAGUCAGGAUUUGAUGAGCAGGCCGGACCAACACCGGCGUUGUCCAAGCGCCACUCGAGGUCUGAUAGUCUCACAUGUUAUCAGAGCUGGAUCAGUAAAAUGACACUUAUAAAGCAUGCACUCUCAGAUGGCGUUGACGAGAUUAGAUUCCCUAUUCAUAACCCUCAAGCUAGAGCUCAAGAAUCGCCACAGUCACAAUGGUUAGAGUGAAUACUUUGUCUCGCAUGGCCUUUUUCGCCUGGGCUAUUCGAGCAUACGAGACAACGCUUGGCUUCAAUGGUGCGCCCAAUGUUGAAAACCGAACGAUCGAUGAGAUCUACGAAGCAGCCCUUGCUGAAGGUGGUAUCGUCACGCUGUGGCAUGGCGGUGACGAGAGGAAUCAGCAAGAUAGGUUAAAGAAAGCGUUCGAAGCCCGCUUCCCUAACAUGACCCUCAACGUCACUGUCGACGUCUCCAAAUACCAUGAUGGCAAUAUCGAUCGCCAGCUUGCCACCGGCGGUGUUUACGUUGACAGUGUCAUACUACAAACCCUUCACGACUACCCGCGCUGGGACGAGGAAGGGGCGCUUCUACACUACAUGCCGCUUGACUUCAACAAAAUUCAACCGAGCUUUCGUGACCUCCGCGGCGCCUGGCACGGCGUGUCAAUCUUUGCGUGGAGCUUCCUGUGGAACAAGAAUAGGGUGUCGACAGGGCCUCAGGAGUUUGAUGACUUCUUGAAGCCUGAGUACAAAGACAAGCUCGUGCUAACGUACCCUAACGACGACGACGCUGUCCUGUACGCGUUUGAUUUAAUUAUGCAGCAAUACGGAUACGAUUGGUUUGAGAAACUUCUGACCCAAAAUCCCCGUUGGGUGCGGGGAACAGGUACGCCCGUAACGCUUCUAAGCCAAAGCAAUGGCACAUCAUCAGUCACCUUCACAUCAUCUGCGGGCUUGACGCCUGCAAGCCCUCUGGGUAUAUCGUUCCCGACUAAGGGGCAGUUUGUCACCUGGCCGCAGAGAGCAGCGAUCUUGAAGGAUGCACCUCAUCCGGAAGGGGCCAAGCUACUUCACAACUUCAUGUUGAGCGAAGAGUACCAAGUGUUACUAGAUGGUUGGAGUGUUCGCGAAGACAUAUCUCCUCCAGCAGGCUACCAAAACCUCGUUGAUAUUCCGUCGAGUAAUCCAAAUGGCUUCGAGGGUUUCAUGGCUGAUAGGGAGCGAGCUGAAAGGCUUAGACUGUUUUUUGAAGACAAGAUUGGCACUCCCCAAGGAUUAAGUUCCCUAAAGGACGAUUUGUAACGGAAGGAUAGC